AUGGUGGAAGGGAACGGCGUUUGGCGGACCGCCGCGAAGUUGCGGCUCCUUUUCCUGCGGAGGAGGCUCCGGGCAAGCAGCCCGAAAGGAUCCAUCGAUGCCAGCAAGGUUGAUGGCGGUGUGUUGGUGGCCGUGCAGGCCGUUGGAAAGAGCCUGUUCUUGCAUUUCGGCACAGACUCUGGGCUCCAGAUCGUGCAGCUCCACUUUGGCAUGUCAGGUGGGUUCCCGCUCUUUCGGCUGUCGGAGGACCCGGGGCCACGCAAGACCUCUCGUUUGCGCCUGGAAAGCUCGGAGACUGAGGUGGUGGGCUAUAUGUCGGGCAUUCGCUGCCAGCUCCUUCCCGCAUCAGGCCUGGACAAGGCGUUGGCUGGACUGGGCCCUGACCCUCUGCGCGUUGACAGCGAUCCCUCGCGGGCGUGGAGGACCAUUCGCUCCUCUGCGCGGCCCAUUGGCCUGAUGCUCAUGGAUCAGGCGGUGCUGGCUGGCAUCGGCAACAUCUAUCGCGCCGAGGUGCUGCAUCGGCUUCGUUGGCACCCACUGCGGCCAGCUUUCACUUUGUCCGUGUGGGACUUCGAGGCCUUGUGGAAGGAGAGCAUUUGGCUCUUGCAACUGGGGGCCAGAGUUGGGAACAUUGUGACGGUUCUGGACGAUGAGUGGUCUGCCUGUGAGGCCAAACCGCACCAGCAGACCAAGAGCAAGGAUUCCCGGAAACGGAGGUGGGUGUAUUUCCGGAAGACCUGUUUGACCUGUGGCGGCCCUGUGCGAUGCUGGACCCUUGGCGGCCGUGUCUGCUUUGCCUGCGAAAGUUGUCAACUUCCGUGGAAGGACAUGAAGGACGCGGAUUGCGAAUUGGUGUCCGAGAGCGGCAAGAAGCUUGGAUGGCAGAGGACAGCGAAGCGACGGAGCAAGGGCUCCAGAAUGCGGUGGCCGCAGCCGAAGCCCAGCGAAAGCCAGGCAGAGGCUGCCUCUGAUGCUCCCGUGCUGCGUGGCCUUGUAGGGCUUUCAGGCCCACCCUCACUCACCGUCAUCACACCGGACGUAGCACCUGCAUCCUUGCCGGUGACAUUGCUGCGCCAGCUUCUAGCAGAGCGGCUUCUGCCCACUCAAGGCCGGAAAGCGGACCUGGCAAAGCGCUUUGCCGCCCACUGUGCCUUCCACGACGAUGUCGGCUUUGGAGCGCUCUUUGUCGGCAUGUCCGCAUCGCCUGCGAUGCCCACGAAGCCCGCGACGCCCGCGACGUCCGCGGAUCGCGAAAGGAUUCCAGGGGAAGCGUUGCCCGCGGUGCCCUGGCCCUUGGAUCUCCAACGGGCCAAAGAGUUUGCUUCGAUCCAAUGCUGGAGAAGUCAGGAGUCGAUCCACGCCUGGGUGCAGCAGGAUCCCAAGCGCCGCCGCUACGGCCGCCUCUCCGGCCGCACUGGCAAGGGCGAAGGCCGCGACUUUGACUUCGAAGACCCUGAAAUUCCUGAAAGCUUGGAUGUGAAAGGGCACAGCAAAGCUGCAGACGCCGUGGGCUCCACAGGUUCCCUCGACGGUUCCCUCGACCCUGGCCUUGCACUGCAAGGCAAAGUUUCUGCCAAGCGGAAGGUCGCAGAGAAAGUCGUCGUCACACCACGCAAGAAGCGAAGGCAAGCGAGCCCUUCCAGCGCCAACAAAGUUAGGCACUCCAGGCUGGACUCCAGGCCUGUGUGGGAGAUCAAGUUUUCUCGUUUAUCUCCCAGCGUAACCCUGGACCUCUGUGACUUUUGA